ACUAAUCAUACAUUAAAAUUUUAAUUUUCUGUUAUUACAAGACAAUAAAAACCACAAACAGUCAAUAAAAAAUCAACGAAACUUUGUAAAAAGUCACAAAGCAUAAUAAUAAUUGACUGAAAAUUAUUAAUAGUUUAUUACAAUUACAAAUUGUUAUGAGCACUUUCGGCGAAAUAGUAGAACCUGUUAGCAGGACAACAUGGGAGGAUUGGGAUGAAUCUUACAUUGAGGACAAUGUCACAACGAUACAAUGGCAGCUGCCUAUAGAAAUUCCAAAAAGAAUCGAAACAUUUUUCAUUCUUGAAGGAAAAUUUUUAGCAGAUUACAUCAAAGUCCAAUCUCAAGAUCAUUUGAAAUUUCUAAAUUCUAACAUAGGUGUAAAUUUAUAUUUGUAUGAAUUAAUGUCUUCAGACAAUUAUGUUUGCACUGUUAAAGAUUAUAAUUUGCUAAAAAGUAGUGAAAUUAUUGAAUUAUUAAAACCAUUUAUUUAUAAAAGUGAGGAUGUUAUAACAAUUCAAACAAAACCUUUGAUGGAAUAUCAAACAGCAAGUCUUGGAAUGCAAUCUUGGGUAAUAAGAAAGUUAACAACUUCAAUACUGUCUAAAAAAUCAUGGGAUUUUAAUUUUGCUAAGCUGGAACAACCUAAUAUUCUAUCAGGAGUGGCUGCCGGAGCUGUAUGUUUACGAGAACAUAUUAAUUUAUCAGCGACUGCAUUAGUUUGUUAUAUAGAACAUAUUGAAGAAUAUCAAACAAAUGAAAUACAUAAGCUACUUGAAAAAUUAGAAAUAAUUGAUACUUGUUCUGUAAAAUGUAAUGGUAUACUUAGUUCAAAUUUAUACAUUUGAUUAAAAGACUU